AUGUUUUGCUUCUACGCGCCCGAGGAGGCGCAGCUUGAGUUUGGACGCGGCGGAGACACGAGUCCGCAGUUGAACCGCGCGUCGUAUCUGUACCCGGUCAACGUCGCGAUCCAGGAGGGGAGGCGGCGGGCGGGGUUGGUCGUGGACACCGACCGCCAGCUCCCGCCCCUCCUCGCCGAGGCCGGUCUUCGCGUCCUGGCGGAGGACCGCGGGACGAUCCCCGUAGGGAAGAUGGUAGGAGAGAUGUUGGGUGGUGCCGAGGGUAUCGAUGCCAAUGCGCGCGCGGAGGAAGGGGAAGAGGGCGAGCAGCUUGACGUUUCCCGCCACGUCCCUUACAGCGUUAAGAGCUUCGGCCCGCCGUCGCCGUCCGCGCUCAAGACAGGGUUUGACUUUGGGGAGAAGGGCAUGCGCACUUCCGACACUGCUCAGCCCACGGUCGACGAGCGCGCCACCACCCUCACCACCCACCCCCACAUCCGGCCGCCCCUCCCUUUGUCGCCACCGCUCUCACCCACCGACCUCCGCACCAUCGAGGGCGCGACCUCGAAGAUGUUCGGCCACUUCGUGGGGAUGAUGCGCGAGGCGUGGGAGAUGGGGUUUUUGAGGGAUUGCGGCGGCGAGCUCAUCCCAGCGGCGACCGACGGGGACGAUGAGGCCACUCGUGCGGAGAAGGAGGCGAGGUUUAAGGCGAUUGGGGAGCGCGUCUGGCGCGAGUUCGAGGCGAAGGGGUGUCAUUAUGGCGUGCGGGAGUGGGUGCUGGAGGCCGUUUAG